GGGGCUGAGCGCGGCCGCCGCCUGAGAGCCGGCGGGCGGCGGGAUGUCGCAGGGGCUGCCGGGCGCGGGGCGCCUCAACGACCUGCCCGACCACUCGCCGCGGGUGCGCAGCGCCGUCGCCGAGCUGCGGCGGCGGGCGGAGGCUGAGCCCGGUCAGCGCUGGCUGCAGCCCCUCACCGACUCCUUCCUGGUGAGGUUCCUGCGUGCCCGAGACUUCCACCUGGAGCUGGCCUGGAGGUUAUUGAAGAAUUACCAGAAGUGGAGAAUUGAAUGCCCAGAAAUAAGUGCAGAUUUACGACCAUCUUCUGUUCUUGGUCUUUUGCAUGCUGGCUAUCAUGGAGUCCUGAGAUCAAGGGACCCACACGGAAGCAAAGUUCUAGUAUACAGGAUUGGACAGUGGGAUCCCAAGUUAUUUACAGCAUACGAUGUGUUUCGUGUAAGCCUCAUCACAUCUGAACUCAUUGUAAAGGAGAUUGAGACUCAGCGGAAUGGAGUCAAGGCUAUCUUUGAUCUUCAAGGCUGGCGAUUUGCUCAUGCAUUUCAAAUCAGUCCAGCAGUGGCCAAGAAAAUUGCUGCUGUUCUCACAGAUUCCUUUCCUCUAAAAGUUCGAGGUAUCCACUUGAUUAAUGAGCCUUUAUUCUUCCACUCAGUCUUCGCUCUAAUUAAGCCUUUUCUCACUGAAAAAAUAAAGGAACGGGUCUAUAUGCAUGGAAAUAACUACAUGCAGAGUCUGACCGAACACUUCCCAGCCAGCAUUCUCCCACAGGAAUAUGGGGGGGAGGAAGUCUCCAUUGAAGAGUUGGCCAAGGAAUGGACUGACUUUAUAAUGGCAUCUGCAGAUUAUCUUCAGAGCAUUUCUCUGGUUGCCCAGGAAUAACCUUGUUACAGUAUUAUAUCAAUUCUUGAACACCUGGAAGUGGAAAUUAGUUUAAUACGCAAUCUUUUGUGUAACGUGAAAUUACUGUAAAUGAAAGCGGUAUGUCUCUGCAGGGCACUGUUAGAUUGACUGCACUUUAAACUAACUGGAGUCUUACCAGUGUGUAUGACUGAAGAGAUUAAUGAGUUCUACAUAUUUGCAGUACUGUUUGUAAUUGAUUAACUUCUAUGCCAAAAAGCUGAGUAGUGUGUUGGAUAUUAGAGACUGAUACUGCUCCUGUUAAGUCUUUGGAGACAACUCAGCUGUAGUAAUGUAGUUCAGAACCUUAUGUAUAGCUCUUGUAUCUUGGCUUGUCAAGAUAAUAGUAUACAAAAAGGAACAGGUGAAUGGGGUAGACUAGUUUGUUGCAGAAGUAUGACUACAAGGCUAAUUUGCAAGGGGUGAAAAGAGGCUGCUUUUUAGAUUGAUUCUCAGGGAAAAAGGCUGUUUUGUUAGUUUGUGUCAAAUAGAAAAUUAGUGAGCAAUAGUGAGACAUUUGUGUUGAUCUUUGUGCUGCUUUUGCAGCUUCCCUUUUUGUGCUAAUUAACGCAGUAAUCUUCCAGUUUUAUAGAGGAAGAUAGGGAAAACAUCAUGUACCUGUUCUUCAAAGGACAGUAUGAAUCAGGAGGAGGAACUGGUGAGAGUCAAAACAACCUUGAAAAUUCUUGAUUUUCUUUCUUCAAAGAGAUACUGUCUAUGGAGAAGCUUUGAGCAACUCCAGUUAUGGUCACCUUUAAUUCCUACUGUAGAGCACUACAGAGGUCAAGAGCUCUUAGCUGUUAGCAGUAUCUGUUUUGGAGGGUGAAGUAGAUUACCCUUCGUGGAUCUGAACUUUAGAAAUACCUGUUGCGUGGUUUAAGGGUGCUUGUAGGUCACUUUGGACCUCAGCAUAGAAGAUGCUGAGUAUCUUGAUUUUAUUUUCAGAAAAGGAGCUGGCAACUUGCCAGUCUGUCUUCUGUUGGGCACUGGAAGAAAUUGGUUUUAAUUUUUGUUGAGCCCUCUUCUUCAUUUCUGUAGGGGUAAGGAAAAAAUAUUAAUCUGUUUAUACUUAUCGAAAACAGUUUGUUGGUUUUUUUAAGGGACAUUAUUCAGAUACAAACACUGCAUGUGAAAAAGCUGUCACUCACAUUACAUAGCAGUAUCAUCCUGCAAUCCCCAGUAUUUAAUAAUCUAAACAAUUAUUUUACUUUUCACUCAGCUUUUUGUUAAAAACUGUUAGCAUACCAACUGCUAGAAUUCAUUUGCCCAGUUUUUAACUCUUGUUUUGUAAUAAGCUAAGUGAUCUUUGGAUAAGCAUUAUAUAUUUAAGCAUUCCAUAUGAGUCUUUGUAUAAAUGAAUCCAUAACAAAUGCUUUGUUUCUAAGGCAGCUAGAAGUGCUAAUGUCAGUUAUUUUGGGAUCUUUAGGACAUUGGGAUGUUACGUGCUUAGGGGAGAGAAAUGAGACUAUUCUAUUAAAUCAGAAAUGUCUUAUGGUAGAUGAUCAUCAAUACUGUGUUGUUGCAAAAGCCACUGGGAACUGUUCAUUAUUAGCAAGGGAAACAUCUAUGAAAGGCCCACAGAGUACUCGUUGGUUGUAGUUCCUUCUGCUGUGGUACGGUCAAUGCCAGGUACAAAGUACUUGCAAAACCGACAGGCAUUUAAAUUAGUUUUUCUUUCUUUCAGUUCCCUCAUUUCCUUAAGUGCAUUUUUCAUUCUUCUCUUUCAGGAUGUCUUUGAUACGGAGCCUAAAUUUAAGGAAAUAUUUUUUCAGAUACAUUUUCAUAUAUUCGUGUAUUUCAUAUAUCUUUCUUUUUCUCAGAUUGAACUAUUUUGUAAUACAAAGCUCCUUAAAUAGAGGAGUUCAGUGAAGCUCUAGUUCUUCACUGUAGGAAAAUAAACUAAGUAGUCAGGCAUCUGGCAAUUCUUCAAGUGUGUAUCUCAAGUUCCAAAUCACUUACAAACUGGAGAACUGAAGCUAUUUUCGUAAUUUUGUGCUCUUCAGUUUUAAUCCUUGAAUGUAAACCACAUAAAGGAUUGAACUGUUUUGCAGCGAAUGGGAAAAUUUAAACUUUUCCUAUGAAACUGAUCUCUAAUCGUUGCUGUUUUAUGUAGCAGAGAUGUCAUGUGAUUGCAUAUGUAUAUGCAGAUGGACAGAAUGUAGCUUUUUUAAAAUCUUCAUUGGGACUACACCAGCACUAUGAAUAUGAAGUUCUAAAUGUCUUAAAAAAUAUCCUGAAUCUAUUACUAAAUGAUGUUAUAUUUGCAUAACAACAGAGCACUGAGUGCAGUUAUUUUUUCAUGAACUGUUAAUUAUUUCUUAAUGUUUACAUGAUAUAUAGAAGGUAGGAACUGUAACUGCAGUUGCUGCUAAUAGUAAGGACACCAGCUAAUUAGAACAUUUGCAUAAUUAAUGGAAGAGGUAUUAAUUAGUAUGUUGAGUGGUGGUAUGGCAGCGUUGAGCUGUAGUGUCAACAGAAAAGGUAAAAAUCUCCAAGUGCAUUGUUCUUUAGGAAUAUCAAGAGUGCCUCUAAAGAAAGCAAGCUGCUAUUAAAUGAUGCAACUGUAAUUUACUACUGACUGCAAGCACAACGUAAUGCACAACGGUUUUUGUAAUUUUUUUUAUGGAUUAACACCAUUCUAUUAAUAAACUUUUUCUAGCGGAACCA